AUGCUCAUCUCCGUAACCUUUGUCGAGUGGAUUCCACAUACUGUGACGAUUCUGUUGGCUGUGGUUACGUCGAUGGCAUUGCUGCGGAGUAUCUCAAGCAAGGACGGGUCUUCAAGCCCAACAAGCACCAGGCAGGGCUCGGAGGGCCAGCUUCCACCGAAGCAUGUACCAUACUUUGUCAUCUACCGAGCCCUGGUGCAGCUGUUGACCGUCGUCGCAAUCCUCGCCGUCGAUUUUUCAAUCUUUCCGCGCAUGUACGCAAAGACGCAUCGGUUCGGUGUAUCGCUGAUGGAUUCGGGUGUCGGUGCGAUCGUCUGUUCCGGGGGCCUGGUCGUCGGCGAGCGACUCGUCCAAGACAGGAGCCAGGGUCUGGUCCGUUUUGGCCGCUCGAUCCGCACUGCUCUCCCCGUCCUGUUUCUCGGAUUCGCGCGGCUGUUGCUGACGAGAAGCGUCGACUACGAGGUCAACGUUUCCGAGUACGGCGUCCACUGGAACUUUUUCAUGACGCUGGCGUUUAUUCCCAUCAUUGUCUCGGCCUGCUUUGCGAUCUUUCCGCGGACACGGCCAGGCUACUUUGGCAUUCUACUUGUUGUCGUCCACCAAGCGCUACUGAGCUGGAAGUUGGAGGACUAUGUGCUCCAUGCCCCGCGGACAGAUCUGAUCAGCAUGAACAAGGAAGGCGUGGUCAGCACACUAGGCUACGCAUCAAUCUACCUCAUCUCGGCCGAGCUCGGCAGGCACUUUCUCACCGCUGGCAAUGAGCGACCGCGAGAUCAGGUCGUGGGCUUCCUUGUCAAGUCGUCGUUUGCUGCAUGGUUUAUCCAUUACAUUCUUACGAGUCAUCUGGACAUCCAGCCUUCACGAGCCAUGGCAAACGGUGCCUAUGUGGUUUGGAUUAUUGCCAUGGGUGUGACGCUCUUGCUUGGGAUUCAAGUUGCCUUCAUUUCGUUUGAGUGGCUGUUCGCCACGCCACCCGCUGUCCCGCUGAUUCUGUGCGCCAUCAACAAGAACCAACUGACGACAUUCCUGCUGGCCAACAUUCUCACUGGCCUGGUGAACCUCAGCUUGGACACCAUGAGUGUGCCACCUGUGAUGGCGUUUAUCAUAUUGCUCAUCUACGUAUCCGUGAUACUAGCCACCAUGGCUGUCUUGCACUCGAGAGGUGUCCGGAUCGCGUAG